GUUCCUCUGGGCUGGAGGCGGGUGUCGCCCGGGCGGGGCGGGCGCUGCGCGGUCCCGGCGGGCUGGGGUGGGCGGCAGGCCCGGAGGCAGCAGGGCCUGGAGGAAGAAACGGCCUCGGGGUGCCGGCUGCGCGGCCGUGCCUGAGCCCGCGGUCGUGAACGCUGGGGCGCCCCUCAGCGCUGUGGGGUUCGGGUCUCGGCGACCGCCGCCGGCUCUUCGCCCCGUCAGGCUCCCCCAGCCUCGGAAAAGGGAGAACAGCGCUCCGAGGCCGGCGGGAUCCGACAGCCCCCAGUUCCCACCCUUGCCUCCCUUCACCCGCCCAGUCUGGAAGCUGGUCAAGUGGAACUGCAAGAUUGUUGACCCCUUUGCAACCCUCUGGUAGAAGCGGACCCACUGCACUUGAACGAAUCUUUGGAAGUUUUAAAAUUGCUGAUAAGGACAGUGUGAGCGGUUUAGGGUGUUAAGCGCGAGUCAAGAAAGUGAAGUUUCCCGGCGCUUCCAGUUACUCCCACGUUGUAAUGUAGCCUAAUUAUAAGUAACAGCACUGAACAAAGUAUAUAUGUCUCCAGUCUUAACCCGUCUUAUGUGGUAGACAGAAAAAGGCAAAAAUCGCCUUCUGAAUCUAACUUACUGCGUGAUUAUCUUCAGUAGGCUUCCACUGAGCAGAAGCAACUCUUGCCUCAAUGAUUGUGAGACUGGAGCAUGAUACAAAAUACGAGAAACUUAUUUCAGGUGACCUACCCACCAACAAACAGAAAAGAUCCAGCCUGACGCCAAAGAACUUAUGGCGGGAAUCUAAUGUAUAAAGUACAAAACCUAUUUGGAGGUUAUGGAUGAUAAACCCAGUCCUGGAACCCUAAGUGAGAGUUCAGAACUUCUCUUCUCCUUUGGAGUCAUAGCAGAUAUUCAAUAUGCUGACUUAGAAGAUGGCUAUAAUUUCCAAGGCAACAGGCAGAGAUACUACAGACAUAGUCUUCUUCACUUACAGGGUGCUAUUGAGCACUGGAAUAAAGAGAGCAUCCCACCCUGUUGUGUACUGCAGCUUGGAGAUAUCAUCGAUGGGUAUAAUGCACAGUAUAAAACAUCAGAAAAGUCACUAGAACUGGUUGUGAACACAUUCCAGAUGCUUAAAGUCCCAGUUCAUCAUACAUGGGGCAAUCAUGAAUUCUAUAACUUCAGCAGAAACUACUUAACAAACUCUAAGCUGAACACAAAGUUUCUAGAAGACCAGAUUGUACAUCAUCCUGAGACUGUACCUUCAGAGAAUUAUUAUGCUUAUCAUUUUGUACCAUUCCCUAAAUUCCGGUUCAUUUUAUUAGAUGCUUAUGACUUGAGUGUCUUAGGCAUGGAUCAGUCUUCUCCAAAAUACCAACAGUGUCUGAAGAUACUGAGGGAGCACAAUCCAAAUACGGAAUUGAAUAGUCCUCAAGGACUUUCUGAGCCCCAGUUUGUCCAGUUUAAUGGAGGAUUCAGCCAAGAACAGCUGAACUGGUUGAAUGAAGUUCUUACAUUCUCUGACAAAAACCAAGAAAAGGUGGUGAUUGUCAGCCAUGUUCCCAUUUACCCAGAGGCCUCUGACAAUGUGUGCCUGGCCUGGAAUUACAGAGACGCCCUGGCAGUCGUUUGGUCUCACAAGUGUGUGGUGGGUUUCUUUGCUGGGCACACUCACGAUGGUGGCUACUCUGAGGAUCCUUGCGGGGUGCACCACAUCAACCUAGAGGGGGUUAUUGAAACAGCUCCAGACAGCCAGGCUUUUGGCACAGUUUAUGUCUAUCCUGACAAAAUGUUAUUGAAAGGGAGAGGCAGAGUUCCAAACAGAAUUAUGAAUUACAAAAAGGAAAAAGCUUUGUGUUUUUAGACUGAUUUAGUUUGUUUACCUUUAUAGAAAGAAGUUGACUUAGCUUUGGGUUUUUGUUCCCCUCCCUGUUGAAAAUCUUUGGUCUUACUGUUUAGUAUUGUUUGCCCAACAAAAUGUAUUUAUGGCUUCUUUUGUGUUAGUUCAUAAGAUACUCUGAAAUGGCAUUUUUGGAUAAUAUAUCCAGUGCUGAAAAUUGGAAAGAAAAUGAAUGAAAGUGGCAUGAAUAAACCAAGGAGGAGACUGAAAUGGGGGGUGGCGGGUGAUACAGACCUCAAAAAAGACUUUAUUUAGCCUUACCUGAAUUUUUACUUUCUAUAGGUAAAGUGUAUUUAUGUAUUAUCUGUGUAACUUAAAAAAGAAAAUAAGUUUAAAUAUUAAUAAAAAAGAAAAUAAAAUUCUUAAUAAAAAAGAAAAUAAGCUCAGGUAAACUUUUGUUUACCCUGCUGUGUGAAUGAGCUUUGGAUUUUUUUGUUCAGAAUGCCUAUCAUAUUUGUACUUUUAUAGGCUUGUAUUCCCAUUUUGUAAUAUAAAAAUACCAAGAGUUGUUUCACAGGUGAAUGAAUGGCCCUGCCAUUCACACAGGUGAAUGUAUGUUCUCUCAUGUGAGGUACAGGAAGGGCCUCCAGAGAAGUCACGUGGUUCUCUUGUGAUUCUUGCCAAAGCAGGACCAGCGGUCAGUCAGCUGUGUACGUGCAAGCGCAGUCUGUUUGGGCCACCCACUGGUGCUGUAUGAGACUAGUUAGUACAUGAGUUUACUCUUGAUUCCCUUUAUGGACAAAAUGGGACAUGUUUAACUCAGUUGUCACACAUGUUAAGGCUUAUUUGAAGAAACAUUUACUAGUUGGUAAAUGGGGACUGUUUAAGUGUAGGGAAAGUUUGAUUCAGGACCUCAAAAACAAUAAAUAAAAACCAAUACUAGUCAGCAUAAGUGUGCCUGUGCUGAGGCACUGUGAGGGUGUACAUGUGUAUCAGUUUUCCAGGGCUGCAGUAACAAAUUACCACAAACUGGGUGGCAUAAAGGAACACACACAUGUUCUCUUAGAGUUCUGGAGGUCAGAAGUUUGAAAUCAUUUUCACUGGCCUUAGAUGAAGGUGUUACCAGGGCCAUGCUCCCUCAGGGGGCUCCAUGGGAGAAGUUCCCUUGCCCUUGCCAGCUUCUAGAGCUGUAUUUCCUACAUUCCAUGCCUCCUGGCUUCUUCAUUCAUCUUCAAAGCCAGUAGCAUAGCAUCUCCAAAUCUCCCUCUGCCUCCCACUUAGAGGGACAGUUGUGAUUACAUUGAAUUGACACAGAUAAUCCAAGAUAAUCUCUUCAUUCCAAAAUCUGUAAUUUAAUCACCUCUGCAAAGUCUAUUUUGUGAUAUAAGGUAACACCCACAGGUUCUGGGGAUUAGGACCCAGAGAUCUUUAAGGGCCAUUAUUCAGCUUACCACACAGGUGACUAUAAUGUGCUCCAUGAAUUCACUGAUUCUACCAUGAGAGAGACAGGUAUCAACAGAUAAAAAUGUGAGAAGAAAGGGAUGGGAAUGUGGAGGAGGAUUUUUAAUUUUGUUUGAAGGGAUUAGGGGUGACUUGGAGUAGGAAAAAAACGGUUUAGAUACAUGUGGAAGUGCAUUUCAAGUAGAAUAGCAUAAGCAGAGGCAUUAAAGGAUAUGUUGAAUUUAGGAGGCCUAGUAAUGCUAUGAGGAUUCACCAAAAGGUUUUGGGGAUAUGGCAAGAAAUAAAGCAAGAGAGGGUUAGACUAAGGGCUGUGUUGUGAAGAGCCUUGCAUGAUGAGCCCAGAGUUCAAAUUCUACUUGUCAGACAGUGAGGAAACCUCAGGUUUCUGAGCUGGGGGAACAUAUGAUUAGAUGUGCAUUUCAGUCCAGGUAGGGAUAAGAGAGGCUAAUGUAAAAGUGUAACAAUGGGAAGAAAAGAUUGUGGAGGCGGGAAGACACAUUUUGAUCACAGAAAUAUUAAACUUAUCAAUAAUACUGAAACUCAAUUGAAAAGUAGAGUUUAAAAACAACUUCAGUAAUAAACACUCUUCAAAAGGCAGUACUCUAUCACAGGUUUUAUGUUUGUGGAGAUAUAGAAGGAAUUACGUACAUCCAUAGAAUUCAUAGUGUGAUGUGGGAGAUGUAGAUAUGAUGAAAGUGUAUCUUGAAUAUUACUUUUUAAAAAAAAUUGGAACAUUACUGUCUUUUAAGCACAGAAUCAAGUAUUACUUGGAGGAUGGGGUAGGUCCUAUGUAGAAUUUGCAAGUCCAUUACUUCGUUUGUAACUUCAGUAGUUACGUGAAAGCCAUAAAUAUCAUGCAAGCUAAAUGUACACUGAAGACAAAUUCUUUAUAUGUAUUUUAUUGACCCUUAAAAUAAAUUUCACUUUAGUUACUUUAAUAUCAGCUAGAUUUUUUUCCUUUUCCCCUCAUCCAAAUCUGAUAGAGAAUUUCUGACUGUCCAAUGUCCAUUGUGUAAAACAUAAAAAACAAGCAUACUUCCUUUGACAAGUGUUUAUACCAGUACUUAAUAUUGUAAUAAAGACUAUAAAAAUAGACAAAUCACCAGGUUCAUUUUCACUCUCCUGACAUACAGUUGGUACUAAUUUUUUUGAGUGAAAUAUUUCCUAAAUCUCAUGAGACUGUCUAGACUACAGAGUUUAAUGCUAGGAUAUGUAAGAAAGCUGACAUCUGGAUACGCUAACAUCACUGACUAACAGAAACAUAUGAGCCACAUAAGUCAUUUAAAAUAGUCUAGCAGUCAUAUUUAAAAAAAUAGAAACAUAAAAUUUGUUUCAACAUUUUAUUUACCCCAAUCUAUCUAAAAUAUUUCAGUAUGUAAUAUAAAAAUAUAUUCUUUUUAUGUUAUGUUUCUAAAAUCUAGUAUGCAUUUUAUAUUUCUAGCACCAUUUUGGACACUAAAUUUUCAAUGGAUAUGAUCUGUAUUUAGA